AUGGUCAAGGUCAGAAUCAAGGACAAGGGCAAGGGCAGGGGCAGUACAACCAGCCCCAAGGCUACCAGCAGCAACAGUACCAAGCGCAGACAUACAGCCCUCAACCACAGCAGCAGCAAUGGGCUCAUCCUCAACAACCUCCUGCCCAUUCAGCACCCAACAACUGUUGUACAAUCCACAGGUCCGCCGCCUGCACCUACUGAGUUCAUUGCAGAGCUGCCGGGCGAUAUGGGGCCGAGCACUCCAGGAUCUCCACCAUAUCAAGCCUACCAACCCUCGGGUGGUGAACAAGCAGCUUCGCUUACGAAGCGAUUUUCAGUUUCUCGCCGCGCUGUAAGCGCCAGUAAUUUACCUCUGGCAGAUCCAUGGAGAUUCGCAGAUCCACUUACAGAACAACCAACUCGUGAGUUCUACAUCCUCGCCGACUUGCUCUUCGAGGCGCUUGACAGAAAGUUCGAGCCGCAGAACACGGGCUUGUUAGAAGCACCUAAGGUUCUAAAAGUCUGGAUCGAGCUCAAUGACGAGGCACAUGGUAAGCACUAG